UCCCUCAAACCUCCUUCACCGUUUAAACUUUUCUAGAGAGAGACUGAAACGAGAGAGAGAGAGAGAGAGCGCUCGGUCGGCCGCCGGACAUGGGGGCUCUGGCUCCGGUGACUCCAUGGUUACCCGAAGAUGACCUUCUCUUGAAGAGCGCCGUCGAGGCUGGUGCAUCUUUGGAAUCACUUGCUAAAGGUGCAGUGCAGUUUUCCAGAAGAUUCUCUAUCAGAGAACUGCAAGAUCGAUGGCAUGCACUCCUUUAUGAUCCAGUUGUUUCUGCAGAGGCCGCGUUUCACAUGACUGAGCUUGAACGCUCUAACUCUAAUAUUCCUACAAAGUUUGGCAGAACUGGAUAUUCAAAAGAAAAUAAGAGUUCAGUUGGGAAGAGGAAUGCUGAAAAUGUUCGCAGUUCCUACUAUUCCUCGCGAAAGAAAUUUCGGUUUGAACUAUUUAAUUCGAUGGAUCUAGGCAUCCUUGUUCCGCCAAAUGACAACCAUUUCAUUGGCAAUGGAGAAGCAACUCAUUUGGGGCUUGAAGAUUCUCACAUGGAUAUUAUCCAUAACGCCUUUCCUGAAAUUUUGGCUGAUGGUUGCUGCAUGGGAGGAUUUAAUAACCCAAUUGAGGAUGGUCAUCCUGUGCAGGAAGAUAAUUUACAAGGCAAAAUCCAUCAUGUAGUGACAGGGGAUCUUGCAUUCACGCAGAAUGCAUGUUCUUCUAGAUGUAAUGCCGUUCAUGAAGACUCCGAGAUGAACUUAGAGAUGGCUGCUCAAGAACCCAAAAUUGCAACACCUAGUACUGAUUGCUUCCUGGCAGAGCUUUCAAACUCUCUUUUCAAUGGGGUGGAUUCUUUCAUGAAUGUAGAAGGUAAAGACAAUGACAAAUCGUAUUAUGAUGGUCUUAGCUCACUUUUGGUAAACUCCACAGAUAACACGAGCCAAGGGGCCUUGCCUAACUCUACUGAGCAAAAAUCAUCUGCUACACAAAAUAAUUCAGGAAAUGGCAGUCUGGGUGAUCAUGAGACAUCUGAACUGGAUGGGACAAAUGCAACGAGCUCAUCAGAGGUCAAACCAGUGUCUGGCUCACCUGCCAUAGAUCCUCAUCCUGAGAUAGUUGAUGGUGUUAUCUGUUGUGUGUUAAACACAGACCACCCUGAAAUUCCUUGCAAUGAGGACAUAUUUCUGCCCAGUAGCUGUCAUCCGAUGUCAGUUUCUUCCUUAGCCCGACGGAACUUUAAAGAUUCUGGUAAUCAAAUAUCUACAUCUGUUAGAGAUAUCUCGGCCUGUAAGGAGAGAAGCACGGGCUAUUCAGUGCACAUGCCGAAGAACCCUGGACGAGUACAGGUGUCUUCUCAAGGAAAGCUAGAGACGGGUCAGCCAAGUCAAGGGUCGAUAGAUGGAAACAACGCAGUUGCAACUAUACAGUAUAUUCCUAGAAAUUCCUCUAUGGGUUCUGAUGGCCAUGAAAAUUUUCCCAAGAAGGAUAUUGGAAACAGCAAAUUGGAACAAGGUGCCCUAGCAGUUGACAGUCAGACACAUGCAGCAAAUGCUGGUGAUGGCUCGAUAGAGAUGGUAGUUUCGGAAGAGGAGGUCAAUCCAACCGUAGAUGAACAUCUGAGCGAUAGUGAUGAAGAGUUGCCUAAUUAUUCUGACAUUGAGGCUAUGAUACUUGAUAUGGAUUUGGAUCCUGAUGAUCAAGAUAUUUAUGAGCUAAAAGUCUCCAAGUAUCAGAAUGAGGACACCAGAAGAGCAAUUAUAAGACUUGAACAGGCUGCUUACUCAUACAUGCAAAGAGCCAUCGCUUCACAUGGCGCUUUUGCUAUUUUGUAUGGUAGACGUUCAAAACAUUACAUCAAGAAACCUGAGAUUCUGCUUGGUAGAUCAACAGAAGACCUCAUCGUGGACAUUGAUUUGGGAAGAGAAAAGGGUGGUAGCAAAAUAUCUCGUAGGCAGGCCAUCGUACGUUUGGAAGAUGAUGGUUCUUUCCGUAUGAAAAAUCUUGGGAAGUAUCCUAUUUCGGUAAAUGAGAAGGAAGUAGAUCCUGGACAGAGUUUAGUCCUAAAACCCGAUUGUCUGAUUGAGAUACGGGGAAUGAUAUUCAUCUUCGAGACAAACGAAACACGCGUCAAGGAAUACCUGAAUAGCAUCGAGAAGGUUGAUCGAGAUGGGUAAAUCCCAGAUCGAUUUUACGAGCUUCUUCUUGUACUGAUCAAGAAGGUGUCUGUUUUUAUAGGUAGCCUUGGUAAUUAUUAUUAUUACCCAUGCCAUUUUCUCGUACUAAUGUUUUUGUUUGUAGCUUGUUUUUUUUUUACCUAAGUACCUUGCCGCAGGGCAGGAACCAUCGUUCAGACCGAACUAGGGUGUCUUCUUACAUCUAUGGUUGACGACGUGUAUAGCAGAUCCGAUUUUCUUUUCCUUUCUAGGCUUCACCUCUGGGAUAUGAAUUAAUAAUAAGAAUACGAAGAAAAAUUUGUCUGGAUUCUGGGUUUUGGUUGAAUUCCGGGUAUUAUGAUUUGGGCCUUGUGCCAG